AUGGCUGCAGCAGAGACGCGUAGGCUGCUCGAGCAGCUCAUGGGCGAACAGCUCAUGAACGGAACCGACCAGCGCGCGCCCCAGCUCAGCAUCACCGACUCAAAGGUCUGCCGCUCGUAUCUAGUCGGCAACUGCCCGCACGAUCUCUUCACCAACACCAAGAACGAACUGGGGCCUUGUCCCAAAGUUCACAAUGAGGCACUCAAGACUGAGUACCAGGAGGCCGACGCAGACCAGAAGCGCAGGUGGGGCUUCGAGUUUGACUACAUGCGCGACAUGCAGCAUCACAUUGACGCCUGUAAUCGCAAGAUAGAUUCGGCCCAGCGCCGCCUAGAAAAGACGCCUGAAGAGAUCCGGCAGACCAACGCUCUUCUCAAAGCAAUCAACGAACUUACAAAGUCCAUCGAAGCCGGCAUGCUGGAAAUCAAGAUAAUGGGCGAGGAAGGCAUGGUUAACAUGGCUGUCCAAGAGUUCACAAAAGUCCGCUACAAGAAGGCUGAGAAGGAGGAGCGCGAACGCGAACUACGGGCCCUUUCCGACACGGGCGGUCCUUCCGGGCAUCAGAAACUCCAAGUGUGCGAUGUAUGCGGUGCGUACCUCAGCCGUCUGGAUAACGAUCGUCGGUUAGCAGACCAUUUCUACGGAAAGAUGCAUCUCGGCUACGCCCAGAUGCGCAAGUCGUACGAGGCGCUGUCCAAGGAACUCAAGGACCGUGCGCCGCCUCGCAACUCGUAUGCUCCCUCAGGCGGGGACAUGGAUCGAGGCAGUGGAGGCGGAUGGGGCGGAGGUGGUGGCGGUGGUUACGGCGGAGGCGGCGGAGGCGGCGGCUACCGUGGCGGACGAGGAGGUCGUCGCGGCGGCAGAAGAGGAGGCUGGUAA